GUAAACAUUUGAUAAAGGGGCGGACCACAAAAUACCGACCUGCGUUCUGAUUGGCCAGAAGACUGUGUCGUCAGAUUUUCCGGAAGUCUUCUGUUGCAAGAGGAGGAUUUGUUUUCUGCCUCUCAUUCUUGACAGCUCACCUGCCGCUGUGCUGUAGAGAAAAGUUAAAGACGCAAAUUAGAUAUCAAAGACGGCGUUUCGACAUCACAUCUCCAGACUGGGAUGGUAUCAUGGAGGGAGACGAUCAUCAAAAUGGAGCAGCAGAAGGAGUUAAGAUUUCUKUUAACUCAGAGAGUGAUCCAACUGCUGAUGCCCUGUUGGGGAAUCACCUGCUUCCUGAUAUAGAGGGGAAAAGCAACUGUUCUACAGCGGACAGAAACCAAACCACACAUUUGCACCUGUCAGAUGUCACAGCAGAGGACCCAGGUCGAGAUGAAGACCGUUCUCAUCUUGAGACAAAGUUAGAGACUGAGGAGACAAGAGACUCGGAGUGUCAGAGGGACGUGUCCAGCCACCCGGUCGACAGAGACGCUGAGAGCGAUGCUGUCGACAAUGACCAGAGCGACUCUGGGGAUUUUGUUGUUACAAUGCUGGCCAAGGCAAAGUUGGAGGAACAAGGUAUAGGUGUGAAGGGGCGAUCAUCUCCUUUGUUGGAAGCUGGAAUCGAAGACUCCCCUUCAUUCAAGUCUCAUCGUGAUGAGGACGUUACAGCCGACAGCUGGCGGCAGCACAGGAAGCACAUUUUUGUGCUGAGUGAAGCCGGCAAGCCCAUUUAUUCUCGAUACGGCAGCGAGGAGGCUCUUUCAUCUACAAUGGGAGUCAUGAUGGCUCUGGUGUCGUUUGUCCAAAGCGGAGAUAACGUCAUCCGCUCAGUGUAUUCAGAGGAGCACACUGUGGUGUUCCUGCAGAAAGGGCCGCUGGUGUUGGUGUGUGUCUCCAGCAGUCGUCAGCCUGAGCAGCAGCUGCGUGGAGAGCUCCUCUAUGUGUAUUAUCAGAUUAUCAGUAUGCUCACCCAGGCCAGCAUAUCCCGCAUCUUCGAGCACAAGAAAAACUACGACCUGAGAAGACUCCUGGCAGGCUCGGAGAAGAUCCUGGACGGUCUCCUCGACCUGCUGGAUUCCGACCCCAGCUUUCUGCUGGCAGCGGUGCAUUGCUUGCCUCUAGCUUCCUCUCUCAGGGACUCCCUCAGCCAGGUCCUACAGAAAGCGAUCACGCCCAAUCUGGUUUUCUCCAUCCUCAUCGCCAAGAACCAGCUGCUAACCAUCGUCCAAGAGAAGACCGUCAUCGAGGACUCGAGGCUGGAACCAGCAGACGUUCACCUCCUGCUCAACCUCAUCGGAGCCUCCUCGGCCUUCCAGGCCGGGGAGAUCUGGACUCCCAUCUGCCUCCCUCUCUUCAAUCCCGACUGUUAUUUUUAUGCGUACAUUUCUUACCUGGAUCCUCCAGAGUGCACCGUCUGUCUGCUGCUGCUCUCGACCGACAAGGAGGCUUUCUACGCCGUAGCCGAGUGCAAGAGGAAGAUCGAGGAGGCCAUGGCGGCCCAGAACUCGCUGAGCCUCAUCGCCAAAGCUCAGCUGUACAGCGUGAGCCAGGUCGGCGUCUCGGACCUCAGGCACUUCAUGUACAAGCCCUUCGACGUUCCAGACAACUACCGCCAGCUCACUCAGUUCACCAGUCCAGAGAUGGAAGCUCCAUACAGCAGCGAAGAGGAGAAAAUGCGACUCUUGGAUCUUUACCGCUACAUGCACAGCCGAAUUCACAGCACCUCACGACCCCUGAAGCUAAUCUACCAUGUUGCUGAGAGGGAAACUCUGUUGGCGUGGGUGACCAGUAAAUUUGAGUUGUACACCUGCUUCAGCCCUCUGGUGACAAAAACCUGCGCCAUUACUGCCAUCACUAAGCUUCUUAGAUGGAUUAAAAAGGAGGAAGAUCGUCUCUUCAUCAGAUACCCACCCAAGUAUUCGACUACUCCAAACCCCAGCAAGAGUUCAAAAAGCAGCAAAUCGGAGCAGCAAGACUCCACAGAUAAUGGCUAUUUAUCUCUUCUAUAGGACUUCCUUUGAGCUGCUGUACAUCUGCCUCAUUUAAGAAGAAUCCGAACACUGCUUCACAGAUAUUUUUCUACCUUUGUUGUGAAAUUGAUCAGACUUGACUACUAGAUUUAAACACUACAUUUUACACUACUUUAGGAGUGAAAUGAAAGCAUGUUGUUGCUUCGCUGCUUUCAUACAAAACAAGUCAGGGUGAAGCAGCAUUAGUGCAUUUUAAGUUGAGCUGUGGUAGAACUUAAUUCAAAUAUUUAAUUGUUUUUAUAUGUUUUACUACAGCAAAGAGAGAUUUGUUUCUCCUCCUGGACAGUGAAUGUAUCACUCAGAUGAUAGUUCAUUAAUAUAAUACAUGUAUAAAUUAGCUAUUUCUUGUGGAAAUGAGUAUAAUGAAGACAAAAAAAGUUAAAUUACAUUUUUCUUUUCAGAAUGGAUCCCAAGUUCUGGGAUAUUUGCAUAUAGUGUUUUGUAUUUGAGGUCAUCCUAAACUGGAAUAACAAAAAACUAGAACUGCCAGAGGGUUGAAUAUUUAUUUAAAAAUAUAUAUUGUUCAUCCUUGCAAAUUAAUUUGAAAGCAUCAUUUUAUGUAUAGUUUUUUAUUUCAGCUCAGAUAGGAAGGUUGCAAAUGUUACAUUUUCUGCAGAUAAUAAGGUCACCAUACAUAAUGAGUCCCGUUUAAAGUUUUUGAGGGAAGAAGUCAAAUUUGAUCAUCGGUAAUACUACAAAAUGUCGUCACAGCUCAUGACGUGUCGAUCAUCUCACACCUUAUUGAGGGGAGUUCAGGUAUUUUACUGUUUCUGAAUGAUAGGUUUUUUUUGAAUUACCUAUAAAUGGUAGCCUCGUGGGGUCUUCUGAAGAAUUUUCUGUUGAUUCAAGUCUUAACAGCGUGUCUGUAGUACCAUUAAAAUAAAGUCCAGGUUGCACAAAUCUAAUUUUAAAUUGUGUAAAUAUACUGAACUCUGUUUUUCCUUUAUUACUAACAGAGCUAAUAGACUUUUAAACAACAGCAUGGCAACAAAAACUAAAAUCUGGACAUUGUCAUUUGAAGCAUUUGUCAGAGGCUAAAGCAGACAUGAAAAUUAUUGCAUCAAUAAAAUACGUCUUAAACUA